AUGAAGAAGGGAAUAGCGUUUGAAUGGACUCCGGCGUGCGAGGAGGCGUUCAACCACUUCAAAGAAAUCCUAGCAGCACCCCCCGUGCUCGGGAAACCCAAAGCCGGAGAACCACUCGACUUGUACCUAGCCAUAACAGAAGGAGUGCUUGCAGCGGUGCUGGUGCGAGAAGAAAGGAAGGCCCAGCAAUCGAUUUACUUCGGUCACCAGGUGGUCGUGAAAACGGACCAGGCGAUCCGUCAGGUACUCCAAAAACCUGAUCUGGCAGGAAGAAUGAUGAUCUGGGCCAUUGAGCUGUCCCAAUACGAUCUGAGCUACGAACCCCGACACGCGAUUAAGGCACAAGCAAUGGCGGAUUUCCUAGUGGAAGUAACCGGAAAUCCAACCGAGGACACGGACACACGGUGGAAACUCCAUGUGGACAGAGCUUCCAACCAGACGUCCGGGGGCACCGGGAUCAUUCUAGAAAGCCCGGCUAGAGUCGUUUACGAACAAUCAGUUAAGUUCAAGUUUCCCAUGUCAAAUAACCAAGCAGAAUACGAAGCCCUUCUGGGAGGCUUGGUUCUAGCUCGGGAAGUCGGGGCCACAAGGUUGGAAGUAUGCAGCGACUCGCAGGUCGUCACCGCGCAAGUAAAUAGAAGCUACCAAGCCAGAGACUCGCUGCUGCAAAAAUACUUGGAAAGGGUCAAAGAACUGAGCAAACAAUUUGAGGAGGUCACGGUCCAACACGUACCAAGGGAAAAGAACACACGAGCAGACCUCCUAUCCAAGUUGGCAAGCACAAAACCUGGAACCGGCAACCGCUCCCUCAUUCAAGGCAUCACGAAAGAGCCCGCAGUCGCCCUACACCUGACCAAGAUGAGCCCCUCUUGGAUGGACCCCAUCACCGAUUUCUUGAAAAAUGGAAAACUCCCUGGGGAUGGGAAGGAAGCCAAAGCAUUGAGAAGGGAGGCUGCCAAGUACACGGUCAUACAGGACCAGCUAUUCAAAAAGGGACUCAGCCAACCUUUGCUGAAGUGCCUACACCUCGACCAGACAAACUAUGUGCUCAGAGAAGUCCAUGAGGGAUGCUGCGGCCACCAUAUCGGGGGCAAAGCCCUAGCGAGGAAGCUCAUCUGA